CCGAUCUGCCGACUGGACCGUCAUCGUGCCAUCGCCGACUUAUCGAAGUGGGUGUGUUACUAAACUACACCGCCUCAUAUCUCUUAUCUCUGUAUACCGAUGUGCAGUGAUUUAGAGAUAACAGGGACUACGUUCUUAUUAAAAAGGUACGACUGUUUUUCCAAGCGCUCAUUCAUCAACAGACGCCACGUUAGUACCGCGGCCGGUUAGUGUUCCGCGCUUAUUGUGUUCGAUUCAGUGACAAUUUGUGACAUUUUUGACUGAAAUGCUAGCGAUGGAAGAGGACUGUCGUCACCUGACGACGGAAGACAUCAAGGAAGGAGACAUGCUGGAACAACGCUACCCUAUGCCGGAUAGUCCGCUUGAUCUCCGUGGCUCAGUAGAAUCUCAAACAUCCAUCAAAACCGAGGAUAAUUACAGCGAUAAAUCCAUGAAGAAAUCCGGACAGAUGAUCAAACCACCUUACUCGUAUAUCGCUCUAAUCACCAUGGCAAUACUGCAAUCGCCUCAAAAGAAACUGACUUUGAGUGGAAUUUGUGAGUUUAUUAUGACCAGAUUCGGGUACUACAGAGAAAAAUUCCCUGCCUGGCAAAACUCGAUAAGACACAACCUCUCCUUGAACGAUUGCUUCAUCAAAAUACCUCGAGAACCUGGAAAUCCUGGUAAAGGUAACUACUGGACCUUAGAUCCUUUAGCAGAAGACAUGUUCGAUAACGGUAGUUUUUUGAGGCGACGGAAACGAUACAAGAGACCAUCUCCGAACUUAAUGAUGAGAGACCACCAUGCCUCCGCUAUGGUGGCUCAGUUUCUGCAAAGUCAGGAGAAUUACCACAACAGUUUGUUCAGUCAUGCGAGUCUUCACAAUCCUUACACGUACUUACCAGGUAUUCCUACAAGUCUCUCUAACGGAUUACCUCUUUUAAGUCCAAUGGACCUGUCCAGAUUCGGAAUACCACCUUUGGGAUUAAUUGCACAACCAAACAUUUGUAAACCCGUUCCAGUUCAACCAACUAGCGUUACUCCAGUGUCUGAUACCGAGGACUAUCUUCCGACGGAGAUUCACAAGAAAGCGAAGAAUGGAUUUUCGAUAGAUUCAAUCAUCGGUAACGAAAGUAAAGCAGGAAAUAAACCAGAUAUCUCGAGGAAAAGCAAUUCUCAAAGUCCGGACAUAGUGUUGCCUCGUUUACAUAACCAAAUGAGUGCGUUUUCUCCAUUAUCGUCCAACGACGAUUGGACAAGGUGAAGUUUUCUCUUAGACUUAAUGUGGAACCCGAAAUGUUCGUUCGAUGAAUCUUUUAUAAUGUAAGACCAAAGAUUUUUAAUAUAGACUGUAAUGUGAUUAUUUUGUUGCAAUAUUUAUUAUGUAUAACGUUGUAGACUUUUAGAGUAAGGCUAAUGUUAGUUUUAGUGUCGAUGUAGAUAAAUCUCAUUAGAGGCUGUAUAUUGUAUAUUUUACAUUUCCUUAUACUGUGUAUAUAAAUAUAAAAAGUCAUUACACCAACUUAGUUUAAUAAGUUUUAGAUGAUUACUCUAAUAAUAUAUUUGUGUAUAUUUGAAAAUAAUAAAAGACCCAGUAAUUUA